AUGCUCUUCAAUUCGGUGCUCCGCCAGCCCCAGUUUGGCGUCCCGAGAAAUGGAUGGUCUUCACAGUACCCGCUACAGUCCCUGCUCACUGGCUAUCAGUGCAACUAUAAUGAUGAGCAUACUUCUUAUGGAGAAACAGGAACCCCAGUUCCUCCUUUUGGAUGCACCUUCUCUUCCACUCCCAAUAUGGAGCACAUACUAGCAGUUGCCAAUGAAGAAGGCUUUGUUAGGUUAUAUAACACAGAAUCACAAACCAGUAGAAAGAAGUGCAUCAAAGAGUGGAUGGCUCACUGGAAUGCUGUCUUUGAUCUGGCCUGGGUCCCUGGUGAAUUUAAGCUUGUUACAGCAGCAGGUGAUCAGACAGCCAAAUUUUGGGAUGUAAAUGCUGGUGAGCUGAUUGGAACUUGCAAAGGUCAUCAGUGUAGCCUCAAGUCAGUUGCCUUUUCUAAGUUUGAGAAAGCUGUCUUCUGUACAGGUGGUAGAGAUGGCAACAUUAUGGUCUGGGAUACCAGGUGCAACAAAAAAGAUGGAUUUUACAGGCAAGUGAACCAAAUCAGUGGAGCUCAUAAUACCUUAGACAAGCAAACCCCUUCAAAACCUAAGAAGAAACAGAAUUCCAAAGGUCUUGCUCCUUCUGUGGAUUUCCAGCAGAGUGUUACUGUGGUCCUCUUUCAAGAUGAGAACACAUUAGUCUCAGCAGGAGCCGUGGAUGGCAUAAUCAAAAUAUGGGAUUUACGUAAGAAUUAUACCGCUUAUCGACAGGAACCCAUAGCAUCCAAGUCUUUCCUGUACCCAGGUAGCAGCACUCGAAAACUAGGAUACUCAAGUCUGAUUUUGGAUUCUACUGGCUCCACUUUAUUUGCUAACUGCACAGAUGACAACAUCUACAUGUUCAAUAUGACUGGAUUAAAGACUUCUCCAGUGGCUGUCUUCAAUGGACAUCAGAACUCUACCUUUUAUGUUAAAUCCAGUAUUAGUCCAGAUGACCAGUUUUUAGUCAGUGGCUCAAGUGAUGAAGCUGCCUACAUCUGGAAGGUCUCCAUGCCCUGGCAUCCCCCUACUGUGCUCCUGGGUCAUUCUCAAGAGGUCACAUCUGUGUGCUGGUGUCCAUCAGACUUCACAAAGAUUGCUACUUGCUCUGAUGACAAUACACUGAAAGUCUGGCGCUUGAAUAGAGAUUUAGAGGAGAAAUCAGGAGGAGAUAAACUCUCCAUAGUGGGAUGGGCCUCUCAAAAGAAGAGAGAGGUGAAAGCCGACCUUGUGGCAGUGCCCAGCAGCCAGAACACUCCGGCCAAAGCACCCAGAGUAAAGAGCAGCCCAUGCACCUCCUCCCCGUCCUCAGCAGCCUGUGCCCCGAGCUGCGCCGGAGACCUGCCCCUCCCUUCAAAUACUCCCACCUUCUCUCUCAAGACCCCUCCUGCCAAGGCCCGGUCUCCCAUCAGCAGAAGAGGCUCCAUGUCCUCUGUCUCUCCCAAGCCACCCUCAUCUUUCAAGAUGUCCAUUAGAAACUGGAUGACCCGAACGGCUUCCUUAUCACCACCCAUCACUCCGCCUGCUUCCGAAACCAAGAUCGCGUCUCCCAGAAAAGCCCUCAUACCUGUGAGCCUGAAAUCAUCCCAGGCAGUGGCUUGCUCUGAGUCUAGAAAUAGAGUAAAAAGGAGGCUAGACUCCAGUUGUCUGGAGAAUGUGAAACAAAAGUGUGUAAAGAGUUGCAGCUGUGUGACUGAACUUGAUGACCCUGUUGAAAAGCUUCAUUUGGAUCUGUGCUGCCUUGCUGGUACCCAGGAAGACCUUGGUAAGGACUCGCUAGGUCCUACCAAACCGAGCAAGAUCGAAGGAGCUAGUAUGAGUGUCUCUGAGCCUCCUUCUCCUGCCAGUCCUUAUGCUUCAGAAGGCUGUGGAACGCUACCUCUUCCUUUGGGAUCUUGUGGAGAAGGCUCUGAAGUGGUAGGCAAAGAGAAUAGCUCCCCAGAGAAUAAAAACUGGUUAUUGGCCAUGGCAGCCAAACGGAAGGCGGAGAAUUCAUCUCCACGAAGUCCAUCGUCCCAGACCCCCAAUCCCAGGAGACAGAGUGGAAAGACUUCUCCAGGCCCGGUCACCAUUACUCCCAGCUCCAUGCGAAAAAUCUGUACAUAUUUCCAUAGGAAGUCCCAAGAUGACUUCUGUAGCCCAGAACAGUCAACAGAAUUAUAG